CCUGUGGAAAGUGCGGGAGGGGCGGGCGCCGGGCUGACCAAGGAGGAGGCGGCGGCGUGGAGCUGCCUCCCCGCGGGCGGGAGCGGGCCGAGCCCAGGGCGCUGCGGCGACGCCGGCAUCCUGCCUCGGCCAGGCGGAUCCCAGAGAUGAGACUGAGGUUGUUCGCAGUUCCUAAACUCAGUCAGAGCUGUCAGGUAAUUACAGGGUAGCUGGCAGCCCAGAGCCGGCCGGGCGUGGAGCUCAGCGCAGCGUCAGCCUCACCGAGUGCUCCUUCCCUGCGCCCUGCCGGGAGAAGGCACGGAGCUGGCUAAUCUUUAACAGUUCAGAGCGCCGGGGUGUCAGCCAGGUUCCCACUGGCCGAGCCAGGUCGGGGCUCUACCAUCUCACUUGGGGCUCUCUCUGAUCUCAGCUAGAGGCCAGUAAACAAGGACAUGGAAGAGACACCCUAGGUGGUGGUGAAGAGGACUCCAGUGCCCGAACUGCAGUUCGCCCAGCCCUAGCGCAGUGCCGAGCCCUCAGCGUGGACUGGGCAGGCCCUAGGAGUCCCCACAGGCUCUACCUGACUGUUCAGCAGGCCCUGCAGGACAAGGGGUGCCAGAGCAAGAGUCAGGGGACAAAAGAAGACAAGCUCCCGAAGAGGCAGGCACCAGCCCCCAGGCGGGACCGGGAGGCCCCGGAAGCUGGUGGUACCAUGAAUGUAGAGAAAACAGGUGGGCGGCUCUUUGGUAUCGGGAGGUACUCGAGCCUGUCGGGGUCACCAGGCCCAGCCCCCGUGGUGCAUAGAAUGGUGGAGGCCAUGUCCCAGCUUCAGGAGGAAAAAGAACAGCUUCAGGAGGAGCUGGUGGUCCUGCGGGAGAGGCUGGCCCUCCACAACAGUGACCAGCAAGCCACAUCCACCCAGCUGCAGAACCAGGUGGAGAAUCUGAAGGAAAAGCUCAUUAGCCAGGCCCAGGAAGUGAGCCGACUACGGUCAGAACUGGGAGGCACUGACUUGGAGAAGCACCGGGACAGGCUGAUGGUGGAGAACGAGCGUCUGAAGCAGGAGCUGAGGCGCUGUGAGGUAGAGUUGCAGGAGCUGCGGGCCCAGCCAGCUGUGCGCUGCCCAGGCUGUGAGCACAGUCAGGAAAGCACCCAGCUCCGUGACAAGCUGUCCCAGCUGCAGCUGGAGGUGGUGGAGAACAAAGGCAUGCUGUCAGAGCUGAACCUGGAGGUGCAGCAAAAGACAGACAGGCUGGCAGAGGUGGAGCUGCGCCUCAAGGACUGCUUGGCUGAGAAGGCACAGGAAGAAGAGCGGCUCAGCCGGCGCCUGCGUGACAGCCAUGAGACCAUUGCCAGCCUGAGGGCCCAGUCCCCACCAGUCAAGUACGUCAUCAAAACAGUGGAGGUAGAAUCAUCCAAGACCAAGCAGGCCCUCAGCGAGUCCCAGGCCCGGAACCAGCACCUGCAGGAACAGGUGGCCAUGCAGCGGCAGGUGCUAAAAGAGAUGGAGCAGCAACUGCAGAGCUCCAAUCAGCUGACAGCACAGCUCCGGGCUCAGAUUGCCAUGUAUGAGGCAGAGCUGGAGCGAGCACAUGGGCAGAUGCUGGAGGAGAUGCAGUCUCUGGAGGAGGACAAGAAUCGAGCCAUCGAGGAGGCCUUUGCCCGAGCCCAGGUAGAGAUGAAGGCAGUGCACGAGAACCUAGCAGGUGUCAGGACCAACCUACUGACACUGCAGCCAGCACUGCGGACUCUCACCAAUGACUACAAUGGGCUCAAGAGGCAGGUGCGAGGCUUCCCCUUGCUGCUGCAGGAGGCCCUCAGGAGUGUCAGGGCUGAGAUCGGCCAGGCCAUCGAGGAGGUCAACAGCAACAACCAGGAGCUGCUGCGCAAGUACCGCCGAGAGCUGCAGCUACGCAAGAAGUGCCACAAUGAGCUGGUGAGGCUGAAGGGAAACAUCCGGGUGAUCGCACGUGUCCGGCCAGUUACUAAGGAGGAUGGGGAAGGACCUGAGGCUACCAAUGCUGUGACCUUUGAUCCUGAUGAUGACUCCAUCAUUCACCUGCUGCACAAGGGCAAGCCUGUGUCCUUCGAGCUGGACAAGGUCUUCUCCCCAUGGGCCUCACAGCAGGAUGUCUUCCAAGAAGUGCAAGCUCUCAUCACCUCUUGCAUCGAUGGCUUCAAUGUCUGCAUCUUUGCCUACGGCCAGACAGGUGCCGGGAAGACAUACACCAUGGAGGGAACCCCGGAGAACCCAGGCAUUAACCAGCGGGCCCUGCAGCUGCUCUUCUCAGAGGUACAGGAGAAGGCAUCUGAUUGGCAGUACAACAUCACUGUCAGUGCAGCCGAGAUUUACAAUGAGGCCCUCAGAGACCUGCUGGGGAAAGAGCCUCAGGAGAAGCUGGAGAUCCGACUGUGCCCAGAUGGCAGCGGGCAGCUGUAUGUGCCUGGGCUGACCGAGUUUCAAGUGCAGAGCGUGGAUGACAUCAACAAGGUAUUUGAGUUUGGCUAUACCAACCGCACCACAGAGUUCACCAACCUGAACGAGCAUAGCUCCCGCUCGCAUGCCCUGCUCAUCGUGACAGUGCGUGGCGUGGACUGCAGCACGGGCCUCCGCACCACGGGGAAGCUGAACCUGGUAGACCUGGCUGGCUCAGAGCGUGUGGGCAAGUCCGGGGCUGAAGGGAGCCGCCUUCGGGAGGCCCAGCACAUCAACAGGUCGCUGUCUGCCCUGGGGGAUGUCAUUGCUGCCCUGCGCUCCCGUCAAGGCCAUGUGCCCUUCCGAAACUCCAAGCUCACCUACCUGCUGCAGGACUCACUCAGUGGUGACAGCAAAACGCUCAUGGUGGUGCAGGUGUCCCCAGUGGAGAAGAACACCAGUGAGACACUGUACUCCCUCAAGUUUGCAGAGAGGGUGCGCUCCGUGGAGUUGGGUCCAGGGUCCCGCCGCACAGAGCUGGGCUCCUGGUCAAGCCAGGAGCAUCUGGAGUGGGAGCCGGCUUGCCAGACACUGCAGCCAGCUACACGAGCCCAUUCUGCCCCUGGCUCUGGGACCAGUAGCCGCCCUGGUUCCAUCCGAAGGAAGCUGCAGCCAUCGGCCUGACGGCUGGGGCUACAUUCUCCAGGGAAGUUGAGGCCAGUGCCUGUAUGAGGAUGUGCCAUGCUGCCAGGCAUGGAGCCGGGCCCCAAGGCCUGGCUACCUGCUCCUGCUGCAGUGCCCACCAGGAACGCAGGAGAUGGAGGCUUUCCUGCCUCUCAGAGAUGAAACAUGUUCAGAAGGAAGCGAGUCUGUGUGUGGCUCUGGGCACCACAGCAUGGGCUGGAAGGCAGGGAUGGUGGUCUGCCUGGUAGGCUGAGACCAUGGGAGCCGGGCCUUUGGGGAGGGUGGGCCUCUCCUCUGGGCUCACUCCUCAUCUAGCUUAGGGGCCCAGUGGCUCCUCCUAUUAGAAGGACUGAGGAGCCUCCAGGAAGGUACAGGAGCCAGCUGGGUUGGUGGGAAGCAGGAGCAUCUCUACCUGUUCCCCUCUUGAGAACCAGAUCCUGAGGCUGGGUGUGUACAUAGUGUUCCAAGGUGUAUAUAGGAGCCCACUCUGUCAGGGGUUGGGCUAUAUUUAUGGCUGGCAGAAGCCAGUGGGUAGGGUUGUUUCCCAUCUGCCUGGCACCAGGCACUAUCCCUGUCCAUUGACUUUGCAACAUGUUCCUGCCCCUCAAAUCCUAUUUAAGAACUUUUGGAAUCUUAGCCAUUUUUACUUAUUAAACUCUUUUUA